AUGGGUUUAUGUGUCACUUGUGCCGUGAGUAUUAAACGCGGUCAAAACGACUCGAUUACGUGUUCUUCCUGCUCUAAAUUAUACCACCUUACUUGUGCUUCGUUGAAACAAGAUGAUAUUGACUAUUUAAAUAGUUUGAAUAAAUCAUGGUCUUGUGUUACUUGUACUAAAAAAUCUAAAAAUAUUAUUUCUGUCACUGGUAACUCUAUUCAACCUCUUACUUCGCUCUCUACUACUGAACCCGACUUGAAAUUAAUCAUCAGCCAUCUCGAUAACUUACGCGCUGAGCAAGCUAAACUUAUUGAUUUGGUCAAUGCGCAAAAUGAAAAACUUAAUUCUUUCGACAAUAAAUUCCACGAAAUCUUCUCUCAAUUAUCAAGUAUCAAAAUUGAAAAUAGUGUGCUUCGUAAUGAUUUGACUGAUAUCAAAAACCGUGUUGACCUGUUGGAAUCAGCUGCUCCAAAGUCCAACGAUAAUCAUGACAUGUUUGCUGAAUUUAUCGACCGUCAAAAUCGUUCUAAAAAUAUUAUCAUUUUUAAUGUGCAUGAACAAUCUAGCCACGAUAAUAUCACUGAUACUGAUUCAAUAACACGCAUUUUCAAUAAACUCGGUACGGACAUUAAACCAAUAAAAAUUAGUCGUUUAGGCAAACCUAAUAACAAGUCUCGUCCACUGAAAAUUGAACUGCAAGCGGCCUCAGAAGUAUUCAAAAUUCUCGGGUUAUCACGUAACCUGAAAUCUGAUCAAAAUUUUAAAGAUAUUAGACUCACGAGUGAUAAGUCACCCUAUCAGCGUGAAUUUCUUCGUGAUCUACGCAACCAGUUAAGUGCUCGAAUAUCAAAAGGUGAGCCAAAUCUGACAAUAAAAUACUAUAAGGGUCAACCAACUAUCGUCUCCACUGCGGUUCAAAAAAACUAG